AUGGCUGCUGGGGAAAAUUAUCACAACUCGCUCACUAGUUUUGGUCAGUGUUAUGUUCAGAAUGACAGCAGUGGUGAGCUUUAUUACACUAUAGACGGCUCAGUCGACUUCUAUGGGGAGCCUGCGCUGAAGCAAGAUACUGGAAAAUGGAGAUCAUGCUUCUUCAUUUUAGGUGCUGAAUGUUGUGAACGGAUGGCCUUCUACGGUGUUUCCAGUCAUCUUGUUGAUUCAAUUACAAAAAAACUGGACCUACAAAGAGUCAUAGCAGUUCAAACUGUUACCAUAUGGCAAGGCACUACCUAUAUCGUACCACUUAUUGGAGCCAUUCUUGCAGAUUCAUACAUAGGAAGAUAUUGGACAAUUGUAGCUUUCUCCUCUAUCCAAUUCAUUGGAGUGUGUGCUUUGAUUAUCACAGGAUCAAUUCCAACUUUUGAGCCAACAGUGUGUGUGGAGAGAUAUUGUGCCUCAACCGCAGUUAGACAAUACACUGCAAUUUUGGUUGGACUUUCUCUCAUUGCUUUAGGGACUGGUGGGGUCAAACCAUGUGUUGCUGUAUUUGGUGGGGACCAAUUUGAUGAAUAUGAUCUAAGGGAGAGGAGAAUGAAGGGUUCUUAUUUUAACUGGUUUUAUUUUGCAACUUGUGUUGGCAUUUUUGUGGCAAGUUUUUUCAUUGUCCGGAUUCAAUAUACUUCUGCCUGGAGUGUUGGGUUUUUGGUGCCUGCCUUGUCUAUGGGAAUUUCAAUUGCUUUUAUCCUUUCUGGGACACCCUUCUACAGAUUUCACAAACCAAGACAAAAUCCUUUUACAACAAUGUUCCAAGUCUUGGUAGCUUCUUGCCGUAACUGGAAUCUCGAUGUGCCUGAGGAUAGUAGUCUCUUGUACGAGACACAAAAUGGAGGGUUUACUAUUGAAGAAAAAUUUAAACUAAAACAUACUGAUACACUCAGGUUCCUUGAUAAAGCUGCUGUUAUAUCUAAUGCUGAGCUUGUGAAUGAGAACUUGUACAACCCUUGGAGGCUUUGCACUGUAAAUCAGGUGGAACAACUAAAGGCUUUAAUCAAUUUAUUUCCAAUUUGGGCCACUGGGAUAACCUUGCAUGCUGCUAGAGUCCAAGUUUCAACAUUGUUUGUAGAACAAGGAAUGUUGAUGGACACGAAGAUAGAUUCAUUUUCCCUUAAUGUAGACUUACUUGGGGUAUUUGAAUACACGAGUGGUAUCAUCUUGGUUCCCUUGUAUGAUAAGGUGAUCAUCCCAAUUGUAAGGAGAUUCACAGGCAAUGAAAAAGGUUUCUCAAAGCUGCAACAAAUAGGGAUCGGUCACUUCAUUUCGGUGCUGAGCAUGGUAGCUGCUGCUAUAGUUGAAACCAUUAGGCUUAACAUAGCUAAAGAACUUGGUUUAGUUUACCAUGACAAAAAUGCCAUACCACUCAAUAUCCUAUGGCAAUUACCUCAGUACAUUCUCUUUGGAAUAUCAAUGGUGUUUUCAUACCCGGCACAACUUGAAUUCUUCUAUGACGAAUCUCCAGUGGCUCUACGAAGUUUGUGUAAUGCAUUUUUGAUGUUAAGCUUUGGAUUUGGAUACUAUAUGACCUCUUCUUUUCUUCAUAUAGUAAAAUACUGCACAAGUAAGGGUGAUAAGAUUGGAUGGUUACCAAAAAAUCUGAAUGAAGGUCAUCUUGAUUAUGUCUUUUGGACGUCGGCAGGUAUUAGCUUCUUGAAUAUGUUAAUUUUCAUAAUCUAUGCAAUGAAGUUUAAACAGAGAAAAGCCUUGUAA